AUUUAUAAAGGAUUUAUUAUGUACUAAGUACAAAGCACAGACUAAUUUGGGCAAAAGUGUGAAAAAACAGAUCAUAUUCAACGUUAUAAUGCUGUAUAGAUGUCUAACAAUUUUCACUGCGUUAGCUCCCCAUUGCCCAUAUUGUAUAUUCAACUUUAAAUCCCUUAACCUGGCAUUUCAGAUUAUCCAUAAUUUGGCUUUAAAGACCGUCUAAGUUUUACUUACUAUCCUUUUUAUAACCAGAUUUAUUUUUAACAGUGCCAUGAAAAUGAUUUAUAAUUUCAGUUUUUGAGUUUUUGCUGAAGUUGUUCAAUCCAAUUAAAAUUUCCUCCCUAAGCCUUUGGCCUGUUCGAAUCCUAUUUAAUUCUCCAAAAUCUAGACGGAAUAAGACUAUACAGUAGAGUUUUUCCUCUCAUUUCUACUCAAAGUGAUCAUUCUUAUAAUUCCCAAAAUAAUUACUGCUUCUUCAAGUCACUUGACAAUCCUCUGAAGCUAUUGCUUUUUUAUUAUUCUAUUCUUUUAUUGUUAUUUAACUUUAAUAUAUUUCAUCAUUUAUCUCACUAAUUAGAUGUUAAGCUGCCAGAGGUGAGAUUGUUUCUUGUUUAACAGUAUUUUGGAAAAGGUCUAGCAAUCACUAGUAUCACAAAAUAAAUAAGGAUAACAAAAUAUGUAGAUAUUUUAACAAGACUGGUAAAGAAGACCCAUAUAAAUGAAGAAAUGUACUAUAUUUAUGAAGACUCAAUUAUAAAGAUAUUAGUUGUUCCCAAAUUAAUCUAUAAAUUUAAUGUAAUUCCAAGUAAAAUACUUGAAGGACGGAGGAUUAAUUAUAGUGAAGAAAACAGACUGAAGUAGAAAAUGAAAUCCUCACUCUGAUUAGUUUACAGUUAGUUGGGCAGUCUGACAUUAUACACAGAUGUAUAAAACUAUGUGUACAACUUGUUACAAAUAAAUUGAAGGUGUAGAAGACUGAGCCAAGUAAGGAAAAAUAUAAAAGAACUAAUUUAGAUUAGGGACAGGGGAUCAGACAAUUCUAUCAAAAACCACACAGUGUUUUUGUUUCCUACAAUGCAAAUGGCUAAACGUUCCAGAUCCCCAGGGGACUGCAGCGGCAGGGGCGGUGAGAUCUUGGCGCCCCACUGACCGACCAGUCACGGGCUGGUGCGACUUUGCAUGAUUCUGGAGGGGACCGCCGACUGUAUUCUACAUCCUUAUGGGGCGAGAAGAAUUUUCACGACUUGAACUUGCGGAUUUUUUCCUGAUCUAUUGCUAGCAUUUUGCUGUCAGAUCCUACGCACUAUCUUGAAUUUGAGUUUUAUUUUUCCUUGCACCCGCAAGCUUAGACAAGCUUAGAACUUCACGGAGGCGGAUCUUUGGAUGGUUCGCGGCCCGGCCAUUUCACAUGGUCACACAGUGCACCUCCUCUGGCCGCUAGGCAGGUGGGCUGGAGGCAGGCGGGCUGGAGGCAUGCGGGCAAGGAGGUAAGUGAACCGAUGAGGGACCCCUAAGCGGCCGUCAGCGCGCGAGAGCGCUCGGCGCGUUCUGGGCUGUCUGCGCCUGGCGCGCGCGCUGCCGCCCGGCGCUCGUUCUCGUCCCUUCUCGCUCUCGCGGCGGCACGGACAGAGCGCGCUGCCUCGCGCUAGUCCUCCAGCCGCUCCGGUUGGCCUUCGCGGCGCGCGCCAACCGGGCCAGCCCAGGCACCCGCUUCGCUCGGGCCGGCCAGCAGGUUUGCUCACCCCGCCUCCCCACCCCCGCCCCCGUGCCGCAGCUGGGCGCUUGCGCGGGGCGCGUGGCCGUGGCUGGGGUCUCCGCCGCAAUCCGUGCAGCCGCGGCCGCUGCCGCCUCAGUCAAUCAGUCAGUCCCCAGAAAUGGCGGAAGAAGGUGAGCGAGAGGAGCUGCUCUCACCGCCGCCAGUCUCUCCGGCCAAGCGCCUCUGCUCCUGGCCCAGCCCGCGGGCUCACCACCCUCGCGGUUUGCCCGGGGCGGCCAGCGGCGGGGUGGGGGGCGUCGGCGGUAGCUGCCUGCCCUCCGGGGCCCGCCCCCACCUGCAGCCAGAGUCCCUGCUGGACUGCGCCGCCAAGACAGUGGCAGAAAAGUGGGCGUACGAACGGGUGGAGGAGCGCUUCGAGCGGAUUCCGGAACCUGUGCAGCGCCGCAUCGUCUACUGGUCCUUCCCGCGGAAUGAGCGGGAGAUCUGCAUGUACUCCAGCUUCCAGUACCGGGGCGGCCCGAGCGUCAGCGCGGCUGGCUGCGCUGCGGGGGCAUCGCUGACUGAGGAGGGGCCGCAGCCACCCCCAGGGGCCACUGCUCAGGCCGGCUCCGCCCCCGGGGCUGCAGCGGCGGGGGCAUCUCCUGGGCAGGGUGCUGGGGCGGGAGCAGCCGGCGAGGGGCUGCCGUUCCGCCGGGGCAUCCGUCUGCUGGACAGCGGCUCCGUGGAGAACGUGCUGCAAGUCGGCUUCCAUCUCAGUGGCACAGUAACUGAGCCUGCCACUACUUCGGAACCAGCAAUGACUUACAAAGUUGCAAUCAGUUUUGACCGCUGCAAAAUCACUUCAGUGACAUGUGGCUGUGGCAACAGGGACAUAUUCUAUUGUGCUCAUGUGGUAGCACUGUCACUCUACAGGAUCCGUAAACCAGACCAAGUCAAAUUGCGUCUUCCUAUCUCAGAAACCCUUUUCCAGAUGAAUAGGGACCAGCUACAAAAGUUUAUUCAGUAUUUAAUCACAGCACACCACACUGAAGUUCUUCCUACGGCACAGAAACUGGCAGAUGAAAUUCUAUCCUCCAACUCAGAAAUCAACCAAGUGAACGGUGCCCCUGACCCCACAGCUGGGGCCAGCAUUGAUGAUGAAAACUGUUGGCACUUGGAUGAAGAACAGGUGAAAGAACAAGUGAAGCUCUUUCUCUCCCAGGGUGGUUACUAUGGCUCUGGAAAGCAACUCAAUUCAAUGUUUGCCAAGGUCCGAGAGAUGCUGCGGAUGAGAGAUUCCAACGGAGCGAGGAUGCUGACGCUAAUAACUGAGCAGUUUAUGGCUGACCCACGACUCACACUCUGGAGGCAGCAAGGAACAAGCAUGACAGAUAAGUGCAGGCAGCUCUGGGAUGAACUAGGGGCCUUAUGGGUGUGCAUCAUUUUAAAUCCACAUUGCAAACUGGAGGAAAAAUCCUCUUGGCUGCAGCAACUGCAGAAGUGGAGCAACUUGGAUGUCUGUCCCCUGGAGGAUGGGAAUUAUGGGCAUGAGCUGCCCAACAUCACCAACGCACUUUCCCAGAAUGCCAAUCACAGCCCAGACUCCUUACCCAGACCAAGACGAACAGUGUUUACUAGAGCCAUCGAGGGCCGUGAAUUGCAUUGGCAAGACAGCCACCUACAGCGAAUAAUUAACAGCGAUAUAUAUGUAGCUCCUGCCUGUCAGCAGGAAAGUGAGAGACUGCUCUUUAAUUCCCAAGGCCAGCCAUUGUGGCUUGAACAUGUGCCUACAGCCUGUGCUCGGGUUGAUGCCCUGCGUUCCCAUGGUUAUCCAAAAGAAGCCCUCAGACUCGCAGUGGCCAUUAUCAAUACUCUGAGGUUGCAGCAACAACGGCAGCUGGAAAUCUACAAGCAUCAGAAGAAAGAACUGUUGCAAAGAGGAACCACAACCAUCACAAACCUGGAAGGCUGGGUGGGUCACCCCCUGGAUCCUAUUGGCUGCCUAUUUCUUACUUUAACUGAGGCCUGUCGCCUGAAUGAUGAUAGCUAUCUGGAAGUGUCAGAUAUGAAUGAAAGCAGACCCCCUGUGUACCAGCAUGUACCCAUGGCAGCAGGCUGCCCAAACAGCGGUGAGUCCUACCUGUCACUGGCCUUGGAAGUUGCUCUGAUGGGUAUGGGUCAACAGAGGGUGAUGCCUGAAGGCCUCUACGCACAGGACAAGGUGUGCCGUAAUGAGGAACAGCUCCUGAGUCGACUCCAGGAGCUGCAGCUGGACGAUACACUAGUGCUAACACUGCAGAAACAGUGCAUCUUACUACUGGAAGGAGGCCCCUUCAGUGGUCUGGGAGAAGUCAUUCACCGAGAGAGUGUUCCCAUGCAUACCUUUGCCAAGUAUUUGUUCUCAGCUCUGCUGCCUCAUGAUCCAGACCUGUCUUACAAAUUAGCCCUACGUGCCAUGAGGUUACCUGUUCUAGAAAACUCAGUUUCUCCAGGCGACACUUCCCACCCUCACCAUGUGGUGUCUGUGGUGCCCAGCCGUUACCCUCGCUGGUUCACACUUGGACACUUGGAAUCACAGCAGUGUGAACUGGCCUCCACCAUGCUGACUGCUGCCAAAGGGGAUACUCUGAGGCUCCGAACAAUCCUGGAAGCAAUACAGAAGCACAUCCAUUCUUCCUCCCUCAUCUUCAAACUGGCCCAAGAUGCAUUCAAGAUUGCCACCCCCACGGACAGUAGUGCUGACAGCACCCUGCUUAAUGUGGCCCUGGAGCUGGGGUUGCAGGUGAUGAGGAUGACCUUAUCAACCCUUAACUGGAGGCGCCGGGAGAUGGUGCGGUGGUUGGUGACGUGUGCUACAGAAGUGGGUGUGCGGGCCCUGGUGAGCAUCUUGCAGAGCUGGUACACACUCUUCACCCCCACCGAGGCUACUAGCAUUGUGGCUGCCACAGCCGUGUCCCACACCACUAUCCUGCGCCUCAGUCUUGACUAUCCACAGCGGGAGGAGCUAGCUAGCUGUGCUCGCACGCUGGCCCUGCAGUGUGCUAUGAAGGAUCCGCAGAGCUGUGCCCUGUCAGCCCUUACACUCUGUGAAAAAGACCACAUCGCCUUUGAGGCAGCCUACCAGAUCGCCAUUGACGCUGCUGCUGGGGGCAUGACCCAUUCACAGCUGUUCACCAUCGCCCGCUACAUGGAGCUCCGUGGCUACCCGCUACGUGCCUUCAAGCUGGCCUCGCUGGCCAUGAGCCAUCUCAACCUGGCCUACAACCAGGACACCCAUCCAGCCAUCAAUGAUGUGCUCUGGGCAUGCGCCCUUAGCCACUCUCUGGGCAAGAAUGAGCUGGCGGCCCUCAUUCCCCUGGUGGUGAAGAGCGUGCACUGUGCCACAGUGCUGUCGGACAUCCUGCGGCGCUGCACCGUGACUGCGCCGGGCCUGGCUGGCAUCCCUGGGCGCCGCAGCUCUGGGAAGCUUAUGUCCACUGACAAAGCUCCACUGCGCCAGCUGCUGGACGCCACCAUCAAUGCCUACAUCAACACUACACACUCACGCCUGACACACAUCAGCCCUCGCCACUAUGGAGAGUUUAUCGAGUUUCUGAGCAAGGCUCGGGAGACCUUCCUGCUGCCGCAAGAUGGCCACCUGCAGUUUGCCCAGUUCAUCGACAACCUCAAACAAAUCUACAAAGGCAAGAAGAAGCUGAUGCUGCUGGUGAGAGAACGCUUUGGCUGAGAAAGCAGACAGCUCACUGCUGGGGCAGCCUGGGCUCCCAGGUACCAUCAGGUCAGGCCAAGGACACUGAAACAUUUGUCCACCCUGAGAGGACUCGAAGCACCUGUGGCUGAACCACAGGCCACAGGGCUGAGCAUGGGGAGAGUCCGACUGUAGCCAAUAUGCCUGCCUUGGCAAGAUUCUCACAUAGCCCACUGUUCCUGGAGGAGCUGGGUCCUGCAGAUCAAUCAGAAACCUUACAACAUGCCACCUCACACUCCUGUAUCCUGCGUGUGUCCUGGGCAUUGGCCCCCUCUCCGUUGGCAAACACUGAACACUGUUCCGUCUCAGGGAUUGCUUAACCAGAGAAACAGAAACAUUUAUGGUACUGUAAAUAUUAUAGUAUAUGUGUUGCCAAUUACAUUAUAAAGUUAUAACUAUUUAUAACUCUGGUUCUAAUUUGAUGGGUACUUGAAACAGCUGUGGGUAGGAAGAUAGGCCUGUUUUCUGAGGAGACUCACACCAUUUCUCAGGUUUUCUUUGCAGAGUAUAUGCUGUUGGCAGUGGAAGAGUGAGGGUGGAAGGAAGAAAAAUGGCCAGUUAGAAUAAAUCCCAAGUCUAGUCUAUGCAGAAACCCCAGCCUACAGACGGGGCACCUGUAGCUCCACGGUGGGUGAGGGGCAGGGCCAGGACUGGACUUAGACUUUCGCUGCAUGAAGCCAUGAGACACUGAAGCUCUUGCUCCUGCUUCACACAGCCUCUAGGAGCCUGCUGAGCUCCUGGGAAACAAGUGCAGGGAGAAGGUGAAGGUCUGGGAGGCCACUGAGCUCAUAGUAUUCAUUUGCUGUGGUCGCCUUUGUGUUAAAGAGUGUCUGGUUUCAUCUCUAAUUAUGUAUGUGUAUAUAUCUGUAUGGCUAAGUACAUAUGUCUGUAUGCUUAGAUGUAUCUGUGUGUGCCUGUACAUGCACAUAUAUGUAUCUGUGUGAAUACAUGUCUGUGUGCUGGACUCUGGGUUUUUGUGUGAGGGCACACACAUUUGUGAAUAUGUAAGAAUACUUAUGUGUGUGUGUUCAUGUUUGUUGCAUGUUUAGUGUAUGGGCACACAGGAGUGCAAGUGUAUGAACAUGUUUGUGUGUACGCCUGCUCUCCAUUGUUCUGUCAUUACACGUGUAACUCUGUAUAUUUCAACGUGUAGGUAUAUCUGUGAAUUCAUGCUUGAGGAUCUGCAUAAAUGUGGCUCUUCUCUUUUUGCCAGAUCCCUUCCCAGUUCCUCUUAGUCUCUCUCACCAGCUAAAUAUGUUCCCCGUCUCUGUGCCUCCUUUAUUCUGUCGCCAAACAAGCUUCUAAGCACGUCUCCCUCUACCUUAAGAGUGGCAUCUUCAGCUCCACAGUUCUCUUCUCACCCUGUACUUGCUUUCUUCCCCCGCCUCGCUACCUCAAGCUUUGUCACAGUCCCAUUGAUUACUGAUUCGGAGGCUGGGGCUGGGAUGCAUUUGGCCUUUCCCUUUCUGACUAGUUUCUAGCCCUAGUGGGCAACCUCUGUCUUAGCCCUGGCUGACCUCCAGUGUAUGAUGUUCCUGUUACCUUCCUGCCCUGUGCUCAGCCUGGAAUUCCCAUAGAAGGUAGCAAGGGCAUUCAAAAGUCAUUUGGAUGCCAGUGUCUUGGUGUUGACUGUUCUAGGUUUUAGUUCCUGAGUAGGGGGUGGGGUGUGAUAGGGAAAGGGUGGAAUAGCUAGAGUGUGAACUAAGGACCUGUCUGCUUUAUUUUCCUUUCUUUGACAAACUGGUUGUGUCACCUUUUUCUCCCUCCACACUAACCAGGAAGUUGUAUUUGCUGUUUGUGGCUAAUGAAGUCUCACUGUUCAGCCAUGGGCCCCUACAACCUCUCGGCCCAGUAGGUUGGUUUAAAAAAAAAGCCACUCCCAUUUCUGUAUCAUGAUUGCCAUUUUUUAGCAAGUAUGUGAACUCAGAGUGCUUUUCUAUAAAUAA